AUGUAUGCUGUAGAAUCACUUGAUUACAUGCCACGGACACACCCGACGAGAGGAGUAUGUCUCCUACAGCUAGGAGCAUGUUUGUUUGCAGAGGCUGACGUGUCGUCAAACUCUUCCAUCGAGCGAUGCAUUCCAGUCUUCCGGGAUGCUUGGAAAUGUACCAUGCUGCUACCAGCCAGCCGGAUUGAAGCUGCGUUUAGAGCUGCAAAAUGCUUCGCUUUACUCGACCAACCCUCACAUGCGGCCCAAGUAUUGAAGGAAGCUGGUGAUCUAAUGCCAGACAUGGAACCGCGGUGGACAUCGAGGAAGAAUCUCCAAAGUUGGUCUGCGCUGCCAUGUUUGGCGCUGCCCGCUGCAGCCUGUAUGAUGGCACUCAAAGCCGGAAAAAGCACGGCCGAUGCCCUUCUGCUCCUCGAGAAGAGUCGAGGCAGGACUCAGAACUCCAAGCUGGAUUUCAGGACUGAGGUCAGCCUUACGACGGGCGAUAAGGAGUCUGUCGAAUUAAUACGAAAAUUCAAUCAACUCCGCGUGCGAGCAGAGGCUUCCACCUUCGACUUCGAGAGCCACAAAUUGACGGAAGAGUUGAAGACGCUGGCCCAACAGAUUCGUCAGCGACCAGGGUUGGAGGAUUUUAUGGUCCUCCAGCGUCGACUGACUUCAUGA